AUGGAUUGGGGUUUUCCUGUGCGGAGUAUUGCACAGGUGGAGGCAUCACCCAGAGCCAAGGAGAUCCCAGUAAUGACUGGAGCCUUCAUGGACUCCUCGCCCAAUGAUGACUACAGCGGCGAGCACUCGCUCUUCAACUCCUCUGCCAGCGUCCACGCUGCUGCCUCUGCCGCCUCGGUACAUGGCCAACAGGAUGAGUCGCAGUCCAUGUCGAGCGACGCCAUCUGGCUCUGGAUUGCCAUCAUCGCCACCAUUGGAAACAUUGUGGUGGUUGGCGUUGUGUACGCCUGCACUUUCUGAUGAACAAAUGCUCACAAAGGCAAACACGCACACACACAUCCUGCUUUUUCCAGAUAUCUGGACCCCUGAGCGAGGCACCACUUUGUAGAUGGACUCUGUCUUUCUCUCUCUCUCUGUGUCUCUCUCUCUUUCUCUGUCUCCCUCACACUUGGCUUUUGGAUCAGAUUAAGCUCCCGAGGGUGUGGAGGUUGUGA